AUGACGGAGUCAUCCGCAAUUGACUUCGACGUGUUGUUUUAUGAUCAUCUAAUCAAGGAGGAACCGAAACUGGUUAAUAAGGUGUUUAGCGCACAACGGCGAGAUGAAUUAGAAAAGAAACGGAGAUCAUCUGGUAAUUUCAAGCCGCUUAAAGAAGUUGUAAAGGAAUACAAUAAAAUUGUGUGCCGAAAACGUGGCGCGAAUGGCAUUAUCGGUAGUUCACCUGUUGCUAAAAAGGCUUUAAGACAAGAUGAAAUGGAUGAUUCAAGUGACAGCUCAGAUAGCGAGGAUCCAAUCAAGCAAGCUGCGACAAAAUUAAUCAGGAGUCCAGGAACAAAGCGUAUCCCUGUUCCAUCACUAUCUUCAAAUUCCAAUUCCAAUAUCCCUAUGAAGAACAAAGUAGCUCAGCCAGUAAACCAAUGGGGUGGUAAAACUUCAUCAUCAUCUGACUCAAGCGAUGACAACGAGAAGAUAUCGAUGAGACAACUCAUUUCAAAAGCAAGUAAAACACUGCAAACAAAAUCAUCCAAAUCCAGUGGUUUACUGGUUUCAGCGACGAAGAAUGCCAAGAUUGCUAAAGUCUCCCAGCCACUUAAUCUUGUGAUAGCAAGGAAGCAAACGAGAAAGGAUAGCAGUUCUGGUUCAUCAAGUACUUCAGAUGAAGUUACGAAGAAAGAAAUUAAGGUUCCAUCAACUGUAAAACGAGCUGUAUCGAGGAAGGCGGGUUCGUUGACAAGUUCUAGCAGUGAUGAUAAUGAGAGCAGCACUAAAGGGAAGUCACAAGAAAGUAAUAUUCCCGGGAAGCCAGUUCCAGUCUUGUCAAAUGCCAAUUUAAAGAACAAUGCAGCUCCAGGAAGUUCAUCUGGUAGCACUUCCAGUAGUGAUAGUGAUGAUAUAAGUGUGGAUAUGAACGUAAAGAUUUCAAAGCGAGCAACUCCAGCUAAACAAAACGGUAUUUUAAAAAAUACUACUACAAGAAAAAAUUCAUCUGGAAGUUCAUCUGACAGUACUUCAAGUGAUGAUGAUGAUGCUAGUAACAAUUUGAGGCCAUCAGUGCAAGGAAAAGUUCCCGUUAAAACAGCUCCAGUCACAUCAAAUAGUAAUUUGAAGAAUGACGCGGCAUCAAAAAAGUCAUCUGAAAGUUCAUCUGACAGUACUUCAAGUGACAAUAAUGAUACAAAUAAGGAUAUAAGGCCUUCAAUGCAAGGAAAAGUUCCCGCGAAAGCAGUUCCAGCCACGUCAAAUGCUAAUUUAAAAAAUGCACUUUCUGCUAAAAAGUCAUUUGAAGGUUCAUCCGAUGGUACUUCAAGUGACGAUGAUGAUGCAAAUAAGAGUUUGAAACCAUCAGGGCGAGAGGAAGUUUCCAAGAAAGCAGCCAUACCAAAUGCUAAUUUAAAAAAUAUAUUUUGUGCAAAAGAACCAUCUGAAAGUUCAUCUGACAGCACUUCUAGUAGCGAUGAUGGUGCAGACAAAGGUUUGAAAUCAGGAAAUGUUCACAAGAAAGCAGUUCCGGCGCUGCCAACUAUCAAUUCGAAAAAUACAGUUUCUGCAAAAGAAUCAGCUAUAAGUUCAUCUGAAAGCACUUCAAGUGACGAUGAUGAUGCAAAUAAGAAUUUAAGGCCAUCAGUGCAGCGAAAAGUUCGCGGGAAAGCAGCGCCAGCCACGUCAAAUGCUGAUUUAAAUGAAAGUUCAUCUGACAGUAGUUCAAAUGACGACGAUGAUGCAAAUAAAGGUUUAAGGCCAUCAGUGCACGGAAAAGUUUCUGGUAAAGCAGCUUCAAUCUCGUCGAAUGAUAAGAGCAUAAGGCCAUCAAUGCAAGGAAAAAUUCCCGAGAAGCCGGUUCCAGCCAAACCAAAGGCCAGUUUGAAAAAUGCGGCUGUUGCUAAAAAACCAUCUGAAAGUUCAUCUGACAGUACUUCCAGUAGCUGUGAUGAUGCGGGCAAAAGUUUGAAACCGGGAAAUGUUCAUAGGAAAGCAGUCCCGGCGCCGCUAAGUGUCAAUUCGAAAAAUACAGUUUCUGCAAAAGAACCAACUGAGAGUUCAUCUGAAAGCACUUCAAGUGAUAAUGAUGAUGAUGCAAAUAAGAGUUUAAUGCCAUCAAUGCAAGGAAAAGUUCUCGGGAAAACAGUUCCGGCCACAUCAAAUGCAAAUUUAAAAAAUGCAGCUACUGCGAAAAAAUUAUCUGAAAGUUCAUCUGGCAGUGCUUCCAGUAGCGAUGAUGGUGCGGCCAAGAAUAUGGAAAUAUCAGUAAAGCAGAACACAAAUAGAUCUCUUGCAAUGCAGAGAGGAGGAAAAUUCGAGAACAGUUUGGAAAAGAAUACUCCUAAACCCCUAGCUAGAACAUCCGGAAUAACUGUGUCUUCUACUGGGAAACCUCAAGUUACGAAAGACUUAGAUUAUAGUAGUUCGGACUCUGAAAGCGUGAGUGAUGAAACACCUGCUAAAAAACUGAAGUUGCAGGUUCAUCAGAAAGCGACAAGGACAAUUCAGGUGAAAGCAGUAGAUACAAGUUCCUCCGAUUCUAGUGACAGCGAUAGCAGUAGUGCAAUAAAACCAAGGAAAAACACGCGACAAAAAUCUGGGAAUGUCCUGAAUAACAAAUUGAAUGGUGCCAUGAAGAGUAUUUCAAGUUCGUCGGAUUCUGAUGAAUCACAUCGUGAGGCAGCAAUGAAAACUGUAACGACAAAAAUGAUUGGAGACAAGAUCUUUGCAAAUGAAGAUACAUCGUCUUCUGAUUCAGACAGUGAUAGCAAAAUAAAGAAAGUACAAGUUGCAGCGGUUGCGAAUGCGAAACAAUCCAAGAAAGUAUCGCAACCAGCAGUCAUUCAGUUGAAGGUCAAGUCGGGUUCCUGUCCUUCUGAUUCAUCUUCGGAUUCCGAAACUGUUCUUCCUGGAAAAACAACACAAAAGCAGCAGUCAGUUGGGUUGCAACAUCAGCAGAAAAUGACCGGAAAACAGAAAUUAGUGAAUGAUAGCUCUUCUGAUGGUAGUUCUUCCGAUGAUGCUGGAGCUAAGACAGCUGAAACGAAAGUGCCUACUGUGAUCAGUAAAGCCUUCACUGAAAAGACUGGAGGUUCAUCGAAACUGAAAAACUUCCAUCAAAAAGCAACAACAAAACCGCCAAAUAGUUCUAAACUUCCUGCCGAAAGGGAUUCUGAAACUUCGUCAGAUUCAGAUUCCGAUGAAGCUGCUUUGGAACCGUUGCAGCUGCAAACUGCGAGGGAGGUACGAAUAAAUGACAAAUCUGUUGCUACAAAGGAUUCAGCUACUUCAUCAAGUUCAAGUUCAGACAGUGAAGUAGCCUCAAAGGAAAGAAAAGUGAAAGCUAUGCCUAAGCAAGCUAAUGAAGGAACUUCCAGCAGUGUUAUCGAUUCUACAAAGAAAGCAGCAACGAGACAGUCUAAUGAUUCUUCGUCAGAUGACAGUGACAAAGAUAAUAAUAAAAGAAAAGAUGAUACAGGGAAAGCUAUCGAUAUUGUGAAAUCAGAAUCGUUCAAAGAGGACAACAAUAAAAAAAAUCGGAGUGGAAAAAAUGCAGAUUUGAAGGAGGAAGGUAAAAACACGGACUUAAAAGAUGGAAGUGAUGAUGCGCAAGAGAGAAUGGGCAACAACCAAAACACUGUGGGUAAAAGCAAUAACAAAAAACAGAAGCUGAUGAAGAAUGAGCCGUUUCGUCGAGUGACGAUUUCGAAGGAUGAAUUGGAUGACAAAUUUCGCGACAAUUCUUAUCGGACAAAAACUUACGACCAAUGGGGUAAGAAAGCGUAUGAAGAUUUGAAAAAGGUGCAAGGCAAAGGAUUUCGGCAUGAAAAGACAAAGAAGAAGCGUGGCACCUACAAUGGUAGUGGUACACAUAUUGAUACCAGUUCUCAUUCGAUUAAAUUUAGUAGCGAUACCGAUUGAAGAAAUAUUUCGUCUAACGUUUUCUUUUUUUAGCUGAAUUUGAAGUAUCUGAGAAAGAAUGUGUCACUUAUAUUAGUUGUUGAUGUCUUCCAUCUUAUCAGUUACUUUGGUGUUUUGCACAAAGUUGGCUCUUUUUCGUUUAUUUUAUAUUUUAUUCAAUUGUUGGUCAUAUGGCUAUUGCUUCCAAAGUUUUUUUCUAAUAAGUUUUUCCUACUGUGUCCGUUUUCCUUCUAUUAGAAGUUUAGCCAAAAUAAAAUCUACAUAUUUUCUUUUAAUGCCAUUUGCUGCUGAUUAUUUCCAGGAUGGAA